GCAUUGAUGGGGCUUGGUAACAUAAACACAAUGACUAAUUAAUUAUAAAAAUCCACACAUACGAUUCGGAUUUCAAAGUACAAGGGUUACGGUAAUGCUGCUUGGAUCAUCAUAACAAAAUAGUUUGACCACAUUUUUUAUUUGAAAUACUUAAGUUUGAGUAAGCCCAAUUAAUAAUCAUAUAACAGAAUGAAGUUGGCAGCCGUUUACUUGAUAUGGUCAAACCUAAUAAUAUGCGGAAUUUUUGAAGCGCAGGCGCAAUUAAAUUUGGAUAAACUCGAUCUGCCAAGCCAACUUCCAGAUGAGUUGUUAAAAACCAACAUUACCUACAACCAAGUCAAAGAAGUAUUCCGCAAUAAAUGCAUUGAGGUGUCCGGCGAAGAGGCUGGCGACCGGGCAUACAAUGAUAUUGAGGCUGGUGCUUCAACGCUUAGCGAAUGCGUAAAUAGUCUUGUCAAUUAUACAACACUGCAGCGGGAGAUACAGGAGGCAAGUCCUGAAGGCGAACUGGAUGUCGUGUUCAACAAAUAUUGUGCUAAACGAACGAAUGCCAUAGACUGUUUUGAUGUGUUCACGAACAAGCUGUUGCCAUGCCUGGACAAGGAGGAGCAGGAAAGCCAGGACGUUAUUAAACGUAUUAUCCAAAGUUUGUUAAACUUUGUGUGCCAUAAAGAUGGUGACCAAAUAGCCUUAUUUAUUGCGGAAGAAGGUCCCGAGUGCCUUGAAUCACAAAGGGAGAAUAUUCAACAGUGCAUUAACAGCACAUUUUCUACGUAUUUUAACGAGGCAGAUAUGCACGAUAAUAAUAAAAUCAAGGCAAUACCCAAAUUGGUUGUGGGCCAGAAACAGUGCAGCGAUAUAAAAACAUUGGAAACAUGCAUUGUCCGUCACCUAGAGCACUGCUCGAAAAUAACACCCGCCAAUCUAAUUGAGUCCAUGUUCAAUUUUAUAAGAAACGAGACUCUUUGCCGCAAUUACCAGCAGUUGGCCUUAACUGGAAGCGCAAGUGCGCUAACCAAUACUCAUGCAACUAGCCUCCUCUUGUGUGCUCUAUUGAUAUUUAUGCUUAGUAAGAUUUAUUGUUUUAAGUAAUUUGUUUUUUUUUUUCUUUUUGGAAUCGAAAUAUCGAACUUGCCGCGUUCAUGUUUGUAUCCUUCGCGGAGUUCGCUUGCCAAAAAGUGGGUGCGUUAUUUGUAAGACAUCAAAAUAUUUGUUUACAAUCUGGCCGAUCGGCUAUGGUGCAAAUGUUACAGCAAAGAAACGAACAAUUGAACUUGGGGACAUUUUUUAUACAUUGUAU